UCCUUAACCUACUAGAACCGCCGCCUCAUUCAUGUCCCUUUGAUUGUCAUAACAUAUUAUUUCCAUUCUUCUUCUUUUUUCAUAUAACUCUAUACUAUGAUUUUCCUCUCUUCUAUUUCAUCAUUAAUCUUAUUAUUAUUAACAUAUUGUUAUAAUAAUAUUAUUAAUAAUUAUGCAUUAUUAUAUUAUAUAUUCUUGGCAACCAAAGAGAAGUUGAGGGUGGACUUUUUCUUCCCCAAUUUUCAAUCUUUGUCUCAGUUCCAUACCCCCUUUUCACCCUCUCUUCUAUUCUCUACUUGCCUAUUUGGAACUGUUUAAUUUCUUUAUAAACUUGCAUGAUAAAGUUCCACCUAUUUUUCUCCUUAAAAUUACUAUUACACCAUUCUUUAUUGAGCACAAAAAAUAAAAGGGUGGUCUUUAAUAUCAGUCUCUGAUUUAGAUGAGCUGAGCUGAGCUGCCAGUGGAGUUUAUUCUGUGCAAAGGUUGAGUUUUUGACAUGGGGGGUCUUUGUUCAAAGUCUGCCAAAGGUGACAAGGUGUUUGCCAAGGCAGAUGGACAUUCUGAUAACCAUAAAUCUGAUGGUAGGAACCACAAGUCCACCACCAUGCCUAGUGAUUUGGCAAGUGCAAGGGAUGGAGUGGACAAGAAACAGCAACUAGCAGAUGGUGGUGGUGCACCUGCAGGAACUGGUUCUGAAGAAUUCUAUGAUGGAAUCCCACGGUUUAAUGAUUCUUUUCCCCAAAAAUCUAGGUCAGGAAGAUCAAAGGUCUCAGAGGUGAGUUUACGCCUGGGUAGAGCUGGCACUAUUGGAAUUGGGAAGGCAGUUGACGUUUUGGACACUCUUGGGAGCAGCAUGACAAAUUUAAGCGGUGGUGGGUUUGUAUCUGGAGCUACGAUGAAGGGGAAUGAAAUUGGUAUUUUAGCAUUUGAGGUUGCAAACACUAUUGUAAAGGGUUUUAGUCUUAUGGAAUCUCUUUCAACAAAAAGUAUUAAACAUUUAAAGGAAGAGGUGCUUCCAUUAGAGGCUGUACAAGAUUUAGUAUCAAAGGAUACGGAUGAACUUCUAAGGAUUGUUGCUGCAGACAAGAGGGAUGAGUUGAAAGUCUUUUCUGAUGAGGUAAUUCGUUUUGGAAAUCGCUCAAAGGAUCCUCAGUGGCACAACUUGGACCGAUACUUUGAGAAAAUUAUCAGAGAACUUAAUUCUCAAAGACAAUCAAAGGAGGAGGCAGAAUUAUUAAUGCAACAAUUGAUGACUUUGGUUCAGUAUACAGCUGAAUUAUACCAUGAGUUACACGCUUUGGAUAGAUUUGCGCAAGAUUAUCAGCAUAAGCAGGAAGAGGAGGAUAAUUCAGGUCCAGCUCAAAAGGGUGAUGGCCUUUCAAUUUUGAGGGCAGAACUUAAAAGUCAAAAGAAGCAAGUUAAACAUUUGAAAAAAAAGUCACUCUGGUCCAGAAGUUUGGAGGAGGUUAUGGAGAAGCUUGUAGAGAUAGUCCAAUUUUUGCAUUUGGAGAUAAACAAUGCCUUUGGCACUGCAGAUGACCAUAAACCAUUAAUCCGAACUGUCAGCAGUCGCCAAAAAUUAGGUCCUGCAGGCCUUGCCUUGCAUUAUGCUAAUAUAGUGCUCCAAAUUGAUACUCUUGUUGCUAGAUCUAGUUCUAUGCCUUCAAAUACAAGGGAUACAUUGUAUCAGAGCUUACCUCCUAAUAUAAAAUUAGCUUUGCGUUCCAAAAUACCAAGCUUUCAUGUUGUAAAAGAGCUCACCAUAUCAGAUAUUAAACAAGAGAUGGAGAAAACAUUGCAUUGGCUGGUUCCGAUUGCUACAAACACAGCAAAAGCUCAUCAUGGUUUUGGUUGGGUAGGAGAGUGGGCAAACACUGGCUCUGAGCUUAAUAAAAAGACCGUGAAGACUGAUGUGAUGCGGAUCGAAACGCUUCACCAUGCUGAUAAAGACAAAGUAGAAAAUUAUAUUCUUGAACUUCUCCUAUGGCUUCACCGCUUGGCUGUCAAAAUUAAAGCCGGCAUUGAUGCAGAAACAAGGUCUCCCUUAAAGUCCCAUGUUGGCACUGCCCUGCAAACAUCAAAUCAACAAUCUACAAAUGCUUUAACGACUGACGAGCAGAAAAUGCUGCAAGAUGUUAGUAAUAAAAUUCGCUUAAGAGGGAACAGUAAAAGCUUGGACUUUGACAGUGUGAAGAUUGGCUUGACAGAUAAUGGCAGACUUACAAAGAGUAGCAGUUAUUCAUCAACAAGUAGAAGCAAGGAACUAUCUUUCAAUAGAAUUAUGUCUAAGCUUCCUGUGAUUGAUUUUGGUAUUGACAAAAAGAGAGCAUUGGAUGUGAUUGACAGACUAGAAGUGGCCAGAUAAUUUGCAACUAUUCUUGAGUGCCUUUGAAAUGAAAGGGUAGUGGCAAGAUGUGGACAGAAGAAUGGAACUAGUUUUUGUAAAUAUACCAUACUCAUGCUGCAAGUGCUGAAUGCCAAAUUUUGGAUGCAUUUUUGGUUCAUUAGGGUGCUUUGCUUUGGUGAAAUGCUCUCCACAUCAUGAUGUAGAUAUGGAACCAAGGAGAUUGUUGAGAUGAUAAUCAUUCUUGCUUGUACCAAUGUGAUUGAAGUUCCCACUUGCUAUUGGAGCGGAGUGGAUUCUGGUUUUUUGUUCUUUAGAGUGUAUAGACAGUGAGGAUAUGGUACUACACGUGGUUCUUCAUUAUAUGUAUAAUUGUUGCUUUGGUUACCUUGCUCAUAUGCCUAUUGAGUAUUGUCACAGCCGAAAAUGGCGUAGCUACUUUCCUCAAAUGUAGAUCAUGCUGUACAUUUGAGAGGAACAAUGGGCUUUCACAGCAUGCUUGAUUUAAACGAAAAUCCAUGUUUAAUUUGGUUCAA